AUGUGUAUUCCAGGUGCUCGAGUACAAGAUGUAGCAGAGUUAGAAAAAAUUCUCAAGCGACCAAUUACAUUACUGGAUAUUACAUAUGGCACUAUUUUUAAUAGCAAAAAAUAUCGAUUUGGUAAGUAUAAAGAAAUAGAAAUGGUAGUUCAUAAUGGGCAUGCAUUCUCUCGAAAUCAUUAUUUUUUAAAGGAUCGAAUGGUUGAAUAUUAUAAAGAAGAUACUUGGGAAGCUAUCAAUAAUGCCCUUCAAGGUCCUCAAGCAAUCUGGCUUAUGGAAGUAGGAGAUGAAAACCAAAGAGUUUCUCAAUUUGUUUUAGAAGAUGGCCAUGCAUUUAGGACAUGGAUAAAGCAUACAGAUAUUAUAAAAGCAUGUAAGAAAUUAUUUGAAGAUGCAGGUCAUCAACCUCAAUAUACUCAUUUACAGGCUUCAAUGUUAGCAUAUGCACAUAUUAAUUUGUUAGAGAUGCUUCAGAGAUUUGAUCCUAAUGAAGUAGUAAGAAUUGCUACAGAUUUUAUACAUGUACGAAAAGAUGCUUUAUAUAAGAUCGAGAAUAUACUGGCAUUCUUCAAGCAAGUUGAGAUAAAAUCAAAUCCAAAUUUAUGUUCAUACUAUCCUUCUUGUGCAAUGUGUAGCAAUCCAGAAGAAUUUUUUAUUUUAAAAUUGGAAUAUCCAAAAUGGAUUAAAGAGUUUCUAAAAACUAAAAUACCUCUAGCAAAAUAUAAUUGCAAAAGGCAUAAACUAUUUAUUUGCAGAUUUUGCUUUGGGGAAUGGUUUUAUAGCGGUGCUGAAAUUCAACCCGGUCAAUGGUGUGAUAAGAGCGAAAAAAUAUAUAGUCAAAAUUCAAAUAUUGUAUACUGGCUAAAGAAUAGGCAUUGGGAAUCGAUCAAAGAUAUUCCAGAUAGCAUUGCAUCAACAAUUUAUGAUCCUAUUACAAGAUGUCGAAAUUCAUAUCUUAAUGGAAGAGGAGGAUCCACCAAAGAUUUUCGAGAAAAACAUAAUGUAUGUAUGGUUCCUAAGCAUAUUCUUGAAAUGUUCAUUAAUUAUUUGUUAGAACAUAAAUGUCAGCAUGCUGAUUAUUAUGAAGAAGUCUUGACUGAUUAUCAGGCCAAAUGUCCUAAAUUAUGUGAAUUUAAAAAAGGAAUGCGUCGUAAAAAUAAUCGGGUGCAAUUAGAAUUAUUUCGUGAAGCAAUUCCAGUUAUAGAAAAAUAG